AGGUAUGUGCCUUCCAAAUACUUUUCCUCCAUUCAACGUUGUUGUAUUGGUUUGUUCAACCUCCCUAUGUUGUUGUCACUGUCACUUUUUCUUCGUGACAUAGGUGUUGGAAUGGUGGUGUGAGUGGUGUGAUAGUGAUCUGAGGCAGAGAUAUCUGUGCUAUGGGGACUUGUAUGUCAAAGACUGGUGCAUGUGCAGGAGGGAGGUUGAAUUUUUGCAAGAAGACUAUGAAGAAACAAGAUGAAGUCAGAAAAAGAGUGUCUUCUCAGAUGUCCAAUGGGUCACUGAACAAGGUUGAUAAUAUGCCUGAGCCAGAGCCAGAGCCAGAGACUCAGCCUCGCCCCUUUGCCAACCCCAUUUCCCAAGAUGGAAUUGUUGAGGAGGCAUGGUUUGAUUCAGUUGGAUUAUUUGACUCAGAGUGUGAUGAUGAUUACCAGAGUGUUCUUGACGAUUUUAUAUCUCUAAAUGGAACUGAAUCAAACCGUGGAGUUUUAACAGAUCAGACGCACGAACCAGGGGAGCUAUCAAAAGGACAUUCUGCACAUGACUCUGAAGGUGUAAAAAAUUCACAGACUGAGUCUUGUGAUGUAGAUAUCACGGAUUCUAAAUUUAAACGAGAGGGAAGUGUAAAUGAAGCACAUGAACCUGUUUUUCUGGAUGAAUUUUCUAUGAUGGAUGAGAACUCCAAAAGGGAUGAUGAAGAUAUGGACGAUUGCGGCAUUCUUCCAAACAAUUGUUUGUCAUGUCUUUCAUCUAUUGAUCAGAGAUCAUUAUGUUCUAGUCCUAAUACAAGGAAGAGGGAUCCUACAAAACAUUCUUCUAAAUGGAAUGGGAAUGCUACUCUAACUUCAUCCAAGACAAUUUUACUAAGACCACUAGCUGGUUAUCAAGUAUCCUUUUGUCCAAUUGAGAAGAGAAUGCUUGAUUCUUGGUCACAAAUUGACCCCUGCACUUUUAAAGUUCGAGGACCAAAUUAUUUGAAGGAUAAGAAGAAAGAAUUUGCUUCAAACCAUUCUGCAUAUUACCCAUUUGGUGUUGAUGUAUUCUUAUCCCCUCGGAAAAUAGACCAUAUAGCCAGGUUUGUGGAACUUCCUCUGGCGAGUCCUUUUGGGAAACUUCCACCCCUACUUGUAGUAAAUGUUCAGAUUCCUGUUUACCCUCCCUCACUUUUUCAAGGUGAAACUGAUGGGGAAGGAAUGAGUUUUGUGAUGUACUUCAAACUUUCUGAAAGUUACUCCAAAGACCUUCCGUUGAAUUUUCAAGAAAACAUCAGAAGGUUGAUGGACGAUGAAGUUGAAACAGUAAAGACUUUUCUAGGAGAUGCAAUUGUUCCCUUCAGGGAAAGAUUGAAAAUUUUAGGUCGUAUUGUCAACCCAGAAGAUCUUCAUUUAAGUGCAGCAGAACGGAAGCUUAUACAGUCUUACAAUGAGAAACCUUUUCUCUCACGACCGCAACAUGAGUUUUACGCAGGAGAAAAUUACUUUGAGAUUGAUUUGGACAUGCAUAGGUUCAGUUAUAUCUCCAGGAAAGGUUUCGAUACUUUCUUGGACAGAUUAAAGAACUGCAUUCUAGAUGUUGGUCUAACUAUUCAGGGGAACAAACCAGAGGAGUUGCCAGAGCAGGUUUUAUGUUGUAUUAGGCUAAACAGUGUAGAUUAUAUGAAUUACCCGCAACUGGGGCAAAUUGAGGAUUCCCUUUAACAUUAUGAUCACCAAUGGUCAUUUCGAGAUGGGUUUCAGUGUCAUCUUUUUAUUUUGUUGGUAUAGAGUUUAAUAUCUUAUCACAAAUGAGAGGAAAUAAGCCUGUGAUGAUGGCAAUUUAUAGCAUACUUUUAUAGUGGAAAGACCAGGCUCAAGGAAAUGUCAUUGACACAAUAAUUCAAAAAGGGAACUACCUACACCAACUUAAAUAACGACCAGAGGGUCCACAGUCUCCAUAUGCAAACAA